AUGAGAUCCACCACACUCUGGUUGGUGUUGCUGGUGCUAUGUCCAUUCAUGGCAUCAGCAUCUCUACUGGUUCCUAUCUCAUCGACGCUCUCUCACCAUCAUAAAUCAUGCUCUAAUAUCGAGACUCACAAAGAUCAAUGCGCCUUUGUCAUGAGUGCUUGCCAUGGAUUCAGCGGUGUAUUUCUCAAAUUCUACUAUUGCUCCACGCUAUGGAAGCCCAUCACGAUUGUCAUUAUGUUAUCUGGAUUGCUGCUCUUGUUUGGUGCAGUCAGUGUAGUUGCUGCUGAUUUCUUUUGCCCCAAUUUGCAAACUAUCUCAUCCAGGUUGCAACUGUCUGAGAGCAUGGCUGGUGUAACUGUGCUUGCAUUUGGCAACGGAAGCCCGGAUUUGUUCAGUACCUUUACCGCCAUGAACAGCGGGUCAGGAUCACUGGCAAUUGGAGAGCUUAUUGGAGCAGCGUUCUUUAUUGUGUCUGUCGUGUCUGGAUGUAUGGGCAUCAUUCGUCCAUUCAGAUCGAAAAGAAUUACCUUUAUGCGAGACGCAUCCUUCCUUACAGGCGCUAUCAUGAUUCUGACAUGGAUCGUAUAUCAUCAACGCAUAUGUUGGUACCAUGGUUUGAUUUUAAUUUGCUACUACAUUACAUACGUAAUUGUUGUGGUGAUGGGCGCCUAUCGAUUUCCAGGGGCAGAAACACCCGCUUUGCCUGAACCGAAAUCUAUAGCCACAGAACACUGCAAUACAGAAGAAUUGCUCACAGAGACGUCUCGGCUAUUGCAAUCUACACCAGAUAGCCCAUUACGCCUUGAUAUCCCUGUUCAUGGAUUUCAAUCACAAGAGCAUCUAGGACAUGUUAUCAGACCCGUUUCUCCCAAUUCAUCGCAUCUCUCCCGCAGAUCAUCGCUACACAUUGAUUCCUACUUUCCACGUACGACAAGCACCAAUGGAUCCAUCUCGUCUCGACUGUACAGACAUGCCAUGUCACCGCGUGUUGGUAUCAGAACCUCGCUGUUUAGUGCCAUUGAGUUUCAAGAACAAGUAGCCAGCAUCAAGAGAGCCAACAGCACGCAAUUAUAUCCACACAAGAGGGAUACAUCAUCUGUUUUUCGACGACGACACACACAAGCAUCCGUACCUUGUAUUUCUGCUGCAAGACAGCGACAGGAGAGUGCAGAUCAUCUCUUGACCACUGCUCACCUUAUGCCAAACAGCAGUAUGCGCACUCCUGAAAGUUCAUAUGCUAAUAAUAACAAUGACUACUUUACAUAUAUUUCUGCAAGCCAACAGAACCAUCGCCUAGCAUCACCAUAUCCCAACGAAAGUAACGAUGAUCGACCAAUCCCUGAAAUUAGACUUGCCCCACCCAACUUGGAAGAGCAACAACAACAACAACAACAGCCUGUAGAUAAUGUGAGCAUUCAUGUGCCCUUCAAAAAUCAAGACGAACUCAAGAUAUCCCUGUCUAUGUCAAUGGUACUAGACGAUGUGUGCUGCACCUUAUUCCCCACACUGCAAGACUGGAGCUCAAAAACUGCAUUCGCCAAACUAAGCGCACUAGUCGCUGUACCACUGGUGUUGAUAUUCAGAUUGACAUUGCCCGUAGCAGAAGGAGAUGAAGUCAAAGUAGAUGAUAUCGAAGUCUUAGCGCCUGCCACUACCAAUGAACCUCAAACAAAUCAACAAACCGUCGUGAUAACAUCAUCGUCAGCUGGUAAUGGUGAAACGCCCACAAGAGCAGCAGGAACAACACCAGCAGCAUCGAAAAGUUAUCUCAUUGUACCUACAUCCGAAAGAAGCAUAUCUGAACUCAAUACAGACGAGGAUUUGCCCUUGUUGAUUGAAGAAGACGAAGGACAGUUGGGUUGGUGUCGAUGGCUGGUAGCGGUGCAAGCGAUUUGCGCAACCACAUUUGUUACCGGUGUGAUGGCAUUAAAUGGUUUUGUUCCUGCAUUUGGUAUUCUGGUUGGUUUCUUUAUUGGCUGUGUGUUAUCAUGUCUGGUGCUGUACAAGACAAAAACGAAUGAAGCGCCUACAUGGCACUGGAUGUUGUCGUUUGUUGGGUUUGUGAUUGCAUUGAACUGGAUCUUUUUACUAGCCAACGAGAUGGUGGGGUUAUUGCAAGCUUUAGGCGCUAUAUUUGAUAUCAGCGAAGCUAUCAUGGGAUUGACUAUCUUUGCAUUGGGCAACAGCGUGGGUGAUUUGGUAGCCAACACUGCUAUUGCAAAGAUGGGAUUCCCUACUAUGGCUAUCUCAGCUUGUUAUGCAGGACCUUUGCUCAACAUGGUGCUAGGUGUCGGUAUCUCAUCCACGUAUCAAACUUGGGUCACAGGAAAGCCCUAUGAACUGGACAUUGCACCUACUAUUCUCAUCUCAUCAGCAGGAUUAAUCACUGUGCUAUUGAGUACGCUUAUUGUAGUCAACGUCAAUGGCUACCAUAUCAAUAGUGGUCUUGGAUGGUGGAUGAUUAUCGUAUAUCUAACAUGUACCGUUGUGAAUAUCUUGAUUGAAUUUCAUGUAGUUCAUUGA